UAGCAUUUGUGGCGAAGAUGGAGGAGAGGUUUUGAGGCGUAGGAUAGUUGAAAAUGGAGAAACAUGUUUCCCUAUCCAAUGACUGUGCGUCAUUUCAUGUUUCCCUCUCUUAACCUCUUUUCCUUCUUUCUCCCUUCGGACAUUGAUAAGUUUCAACGCAGCAGCAACAAACGUUCAAAUUCCUCAAAAGGUGGGGAAGCAUUAAUGUGCGGAUGUAGGUCUGCAUUGUGGAAAUUUUCCAAAGGAAGAUGGCGAUUAUCCUUGCGGCAAAUAUGUGUUCCAUUGCAAGUUCCAAAACUGUUGAAGGGAUCAAAAGAUUUGAUAUUGAAGAUAAACUGCAAUCCAGGUCCAACAUUGCACUGCCUCCUCUGGAAGCUUCAUCAAGUCGAAGGCAUCUUCUAGUGAGUAUUGGCCCUUCAUUGGUUACCUUGACAUGUGGUGGUUUAUCGCCAUUAAUGGUAUGGGCUGAAGAGAAGUCUUCUGACAAAGAGGAAGAAGAAGACAAAGGGGUCAUUGGGGCAAUUAAAUCGUUAUUUGAUCCCAAUGAGAAGACAAAGUCUGGAAAGGUGUUGCCAAAAGCUUACCUAAAGUCAGCAAGAGAAGUGGUGAAAACACUGCGCGAAUCUUUAAAUGAAGCCACUGAUAAUAAUGCCAAGUUUAGACGCACUGCAGAUUCAGCAAAGGAGUCAAUUCGGGAGUAUUUGGGCAGUUGGAGGGGAAAUCAGACUGUUGCUCAAGAAGAAUCAUAUGUUAUUUUGGAGAAAGUAAUCAGAUCUUUGGCAAAUUUUUACGCAAAGGCAGGGCCAUCAGCUCCACUGUCACAGGAAGUUAAGUCUGAAAUAUUGGAUUAUCUAAAUACAGCUGAAGAAUUUUUAUAGAACAAGUUCCAACAAGUGUUGUAGAACAACAGGUUCAAACUCCCUGGAUGCUAGAUGGCAUGUGAUUAAGUAAAUUUAUUCUUCAUUUUAAUUAAAUUUUAUACCAAAAAAAUGAUCAAAUUUCUUUUCUUAUCUAUUUUCAUGUGAAUUUUUCUUGCUUAUUUUGGUUAAUGAAUACCUCCCCUUCAUUUCUCCCCAAACCAAAACCAGAGAGAACUGUGGGAAAAUUGAGUCCCUUGUACUUCAUGUAUUCUUUAUCUCAAUUUCUAUCCCUAGAAAAAGAACAA